ACCAUUUGUUUACUCGCUCUUUUCUUACAAAGCCUCAAAAGCUUCGUUCGCUCUCUCACUUCGCCGUUUUAGAUCCGAGUUUGGGAGAAACAACCUCCCUAAAAAGUUAACCAACAAAGCAAUCUACUUUACCAAUCUCUUUAGCUCCAGUCAUGGCAGGAUCCGCACCAGAAGGCACACAAUUUGAUGCUCGUCAGUUCGACCAGAAGUUGAACGAAGUUCUUGAAGGACAGGAUGAGUUCUUCACCUCUUAUGAUGAGGUUCACGACAGCUUUGACGCCAUGGGUCUUCAUGAGAAUCUUCUCAGGGGUAUUUACGCUUAUGGUUUUGAGAAGCCUUCUGCGAUUCAGCAAAGAGGAAUCGUCCCUUUCUGCCAAGGCCUCGACGUGAUCCAACAAGCUCAAUCCGGUACCGGCAAAACCGCCACUUUCUGCUCCGGUGUCUUGCAGCAGCUAGACUUCGGCAUCGUCCAGUGUCAAGCUCUCGUUCUUGCUCCAACCAGAGAGCUCGCCCAGCAGAUUGAAAAAGUCAUGAGGGCACUCGGUGAUUACCUCGGCGUCAAGGUCCACGCCUGUGUUGGUGGAACAAGCGUCCGUGAAGACCAACGCAUCCUCCAAGCUGGUGUCCACGUCGUCGUGGGAACUCCAGGGCGUGUGUUUGACAUGUUGAAGCGUCAAUCCCUCCGUGCUGACAACAUCAAGAUGUUUGUUCUUGACGAAGCUGACGAAAUGCUCUCCCGUGGGUUCAAGGACCAGAUCUACGACAUCUUCCAGCUCCUCCCACCGAAGAUCCAAGUCGGAGUCUUCUCAGCAACAAUGCCACCAGAGGCUCUCGAGAUCACAAGGAAGUUCAUGAGCAAGCCGGUGAGAAUCUUGGUGAAGCGUGAUGAGCUCACCUUAGAAGGUAUCAAGCAGUUUUAUGUCAACGUUGAGAAGGAAGAGUGGAAGCUCGAGACGCUCUGUGACCUCUACGAGACUCUUGCCAUCACUCAGAGUGUUAUCUUUGUUAACACUAGGCGUAAGGUGGAUUGGCUCACUGAUAAAAUGAGGGGACGUGACCAUACUGUGUCAGCUACUCAUGGAGAUAUGGACCAGAACACGAGAGAUAUUAUCAUGAGGGAGUUUAGGUCUGGCUCCUCGCGUGUGCUUAUUACUACUGAUCUUUUGGCUCGUGGUAUUGAUGUUCAGCAGGUGUCUUUGGUGAUUAACUUCGAUUUGCCGACUCAGCCGGAGAAUUAUCUUCACCGUAUUGGUAGGAGUGGGAGGUUUGGGAGGAAAGGAGUGGCGAUUAACUUUGUGACCAAGGAUGAUGAGAGGAUGUUGUUUGAUAUUCAGAAGUUUUAUAAUGUUGUUGUUGAGGAGCUGCCGAGCAACGUUGCUGAUCUACUUUGAAGGAAAGUUCUCGUCGUCUGCACAACUAUCAUCGGAGAAAGUUUUUUCUUGUUUUGUUUUUGAAAGGCACAACAACAACUCUUUGAUUUGAUUUUGAUCGGCUAUCUCUAUUUUCGAACAUGUCUCUCGUCCGACCAUUUUUAGUUUUAUUUUACAUUCAUAUGGAGUAUUUAUUUCUUUUUUUUAAUUGUCUGGUUUGAUGUUUUUAUGUUGUGAUUUUGGUUUAAAACGUUCUUCUUCCUCAUCAACAACCUCCAUUUUCUAUAGCUCAAAGCUUUUAACCUAAGCCGAAAUCAACAUUACUUUUAACAAAAAAACUCUUAUCAUUGUUUAAUAUUAGAUAACAGCC